AUGCACCCGCAGCAAUUAAGGAUUUUUGUUUCUCCGCUUAAUUUUUUUUUUUUUUCAAUCUCUUGGCUCAUUUCCGGGGGAAAUAAAGUUUAUAUUUCUUUCAACACAUUUAUUCAACCCAUCAACAAGAAGAUUAACAGAUACUACCAACAGUUAUAUCAACCAAUGAGUUCUAAAUUGAAACUUUUACAAAAAUUAGGAAUUGAAUAUCCUAUCUUUCUUUCACCAAUGGCUGGUGUAUCCACCAUUGAGUUAAUUGCAGCUAUUACUAACAAUGGUGGAUUAGGUUCAAUACCUUUGGCAUCUAUUGAUUUCAGACAGGACGAUGGUGUUCCUAAAUUAGAUAAACUUAUUGAAGAAUAUUCACGGGUGGUUAAAAAACAAAAGAAUAUAGUCAAUUUGAAUUUCUUUUGUCAUGAGAUUGAAUCAACUCCAACUACUGAACAAAUUCAAAAUUGGAAGAAACUUUAUAGCAAUGUAUUGAAUAUUAAAGAGGAAAUUUUGAACCAAGCAAAAUUCACCAAUGGAAAUGUCUCUUUCAAAGAAGUUGAAACUAAUUAUGAGGCACAGUACAACCGAUUAUUAAAAUAUUUGGAAAAUUUGAAACCAAAAGUCGCCAGUUUCCAUUUUGGUAUUCCUUCACAGGAAACAAUUCAAAGAUUACAAAAGAUUGGAACAAUGGUUUUCGUGUCAUCAACAUCUUUAGAAGAAACAAAAAAAUUAGUUGAAUGUGGUGUGGAUGGUAUUAUAUUGCAAGGCUAUGAAGCAGGUGGUCAUAGAGGAAAUUUCUUAAUUUCUAAAACCUUUGAUGAAAACUUAUCGACCCAAGCUCUAUUCAUUCAACUGAAGAAAUACAUUGAUACUUUAGAUCAACAAAAUGUUCCAUUUUUGGUUCCUGCUGGUGGAAUUGUUGAUUCUGAAACCAUCAAUUAUUAUUUAGAACAAGGUUCGGACGCUGUUCAGUUGGGUACUGCAUUUUUAGCCACGCCAGAGUCAACGAAUUCAAAAUUUUUUACCACCGCUAAAACUAAGGAUAGAUCAAAUACAAUUAUGAUUGAUUUGGUUUCGGGAAAACAAGCAAGAACAGUUAGAACAGAGUUUAUUGAUGGGUUAAUCAACAAGAAUGGCUAUCCAUUGAAUGAAUUACCAGGUUAUGGAUAUAUGUAUAACGCAUAUAAAUCGUUGAAACCGUUAGUGAAUGGUCAAGAUAUUGGAUUCUAUUUAGCUGGUCAAAACUACCACCAGAUUGAAACAAAUAAACUGGCAGAAGAAAUCAUGCAAAAAUUAAUUAAUGGUUUAAAUAAAUAG